AUGUCUUUCUUGUUGAAAUCAAUGGUGAGUGGGCAGGUGAAGAAUUUAGGACUUGGAGGUGGAGAUGAAGGAAAUAAAGAAGAAGGAGGUUCCACAGACCCUGCGGCUGCAGCAGGGAUGACCAGGGAAGAAUAUGAAGAAUACCAAAAGCAGAUUGUGGAAGAAAAAAUGGAACGGGAUGGUAUCUUUGCGCAGAAGAAAGCAGAAAGAGCAACUCUCAGAGUCCACUUACGGGAAAAGUACAGGCUUCCAAAGAGCGAACAGGAUGAAAAUCAAAUACUAAUGGCUGGAGAUGACAUUGAGCUGCCGGAGGAGCUGAAGAAGAUGGUGCAUGAAGAUGAGGAGGAGGAGGAAGACAAGGAUUCUUUUAUUGGACAAAUUCAAAACCUCCAGAAUAUGGAUGUAGACCAAAUAAAAGAAAAGGCUCAGGCAACAAUCACUGAACUAAAGCAGGCUGCUGAACAGAAAUGUUGCUUAAUGUGAGCCAGUGUUACUUCCUCAGUUUCCAUUUCUGGUGGUAACUGUGAUACACCCUUUUAGGCAUGCAGCUCACCCCGUGUGUAGCAGUCCAGUGUGUGCAUUCUUCACAUGAACAGCUUCAUGAAGAGUUGCUUGAUUUUUCCACACAGCCCUCCACAUGAGUUAUUAAUAUAACACCAAGAUAUGUUUCAUCUUCUGUGAACAUGCAUAUAUGAAUUUAACUAGUAGAGAUUAAUACAAUGUUGGGUUUACAUACUCUGUUGGAUUGUUGUUCAAGGAAAUGAUUGGACCACCUCCAAUUGAUAGUCAUUAUUUUUCUUUAAAAUAUUUAGUUAACUUCGAAAAUAAUAAAGAACUGAAAACACUGAAAAUUUGAAACAAAAACAAAAUACUAGAAAUACUCAACAGAUUAAUCAGCCUCGGCGAAGAGAGAGACCUUUCAGGACGAAGAUGCUUUGAUGCGUUGUCAUAAGAUCUAUGAAAUCUUGGCCCUGCUUGUCUCUCCAUAGUUGCUGAAACUUCAUCCAUUUAUUCCAGAUUUCCAGAGUGUGCAUUUAUUUGCACAAGUGAUCUGGGGCCCGUCAUCUUGACUGGUUCCAGUACAUCGUCGUCCUUUACCUUGACACCUGAAAUAAGGAAGAAAAAUAUCUUUAUUGCAACUUUUAUUUCAUCAUGUAGAUCCAGGGGUUCACAGCCUGGGGUUCAUAGAACCCUUGCUUCAUGCAUUGGUUUAUGGCAUAAAAGUGGUUGAGAACCUCUGGUGUAGAGAGACAAAGCAUUCUUUUAGAGUUCCUUUUGGAAGUUUUACGUAAACUUGCAAUCAACAUUUUGGGUAAAUCGUGCAAAUUGACACAUUGUUUUUGGCUUCUUUUCAAUCUGAUAAAGUCAAGUUACAACAAAAUCUAACUAAAAGCUACUCUUUGAUUGUCUGAACAUGAGGGAGUUAACAGGAGUGUGGGGAGAAUAAAAGAGAUUAGUACACGUGAAUGUUUGAUAGUUAGCACAGAUUUGGUUGGCUGAAAGCCCUGUUUUCACUUUAUAUCACUCUGUAGUGCAGGGGUCCACGGUACCCUUGGUUAAUGGUAAGGGUCCAUGGCAUAAAAAAAGAGUUGAGGACCACUGCCAUAGAGCUAUUAGUUCAGACCAUAAGACGUAGGAGUGGAAGUAGGCCAUUCAGCCCAUCAAGUCUGCUUCACCAUUCUUUCAUGACAGACUUAUUGUCCCUCUCAACCCUUCUCCUGCCUUCUCCCCGUAACCUUGCUAAUCAAGAACCUAUCAACAAACAAGAGAAAAUCUGCAGAUGCUGGAAGUCAAAGUAAUACACACAAAAUGCUGGAGGAACUCAGCAGGCCAGGCAGCAUCUGUGGAAAAGAGUAAAUGGUCGACGUUUAGGGCCGCUACCUCGGCUUUAAAUAUACCCACUGAUGGCCUCCACAGCCAUCUGUGGGAUUAAAUUCACAAAGCCUCAGGCUAAAGAUCUUCCUCCUCAUCUCUGUUAAAAAGGAACAUCCUUCUAUUCUCAAGGCUGUGCCCUCUGGUCCUAAACUCCCUCACUGUUGGAAACAUCCUCUCCACAUCCACACCGUCAAGGCCUUUCAAUAUUCAAUGUUCUAUGUGGGUAAAUAUGAAACACGUAUUUGUUCCAAAUAUAGCAGCACUGAACUUACUCAAAACCAGUGUGGAUUGAUCCACGGGAUCAAAUAAGAACCAAUAACAAAGCAACACACCUGACAGAUUAAAUAAAGAAUAACUCGUGAGAGGGGAUUAUCAGACAACACAACUGCCACGAAUAAGUAAAAUCCUCUGUGGAGAAACCGCGAUAGUUACUUGCUGUCUAUGGUCAUUCAUUCUGAGCCAAAGUUAGUGGAGGUAUAUAUUUGAUUUGCAGUAAGAUAAACUGGUCACAGGUCAUUAAACUUAAUGAUAGGAGCUACCCAAAUAUACUAUUGUAUUUUGUGUUUUAUACUUUUAACUAUUUUCUGAUGGCCUAGAGCAGGGUCCAUGGACCCCUUGCUUAAUGGUAUUGGUCCAUGGCUUUAAAAAGGAUGGGAACCCCUAGCCUAUAGCAAGGCAGUAGUUUCAAACCUAAAUGAUAUUUUCCUGCCAGUUUAAAGCAGAUGCAUUGUAUGCUGUGCCAUAGUUCAAACAUUGAUCAGACCUGAAUGAAUACAAAACUCUGAACCUGGAAAGUUCUAAACUUUAGAUGGUUGUGUGAAGGACCUGGAUUUUGUAGAUAUGAUGCGCAACACUGUAAACUUCUAGAUUCUGAGCGGCAAAAUGUGCAAAUUUAGAAAGUGCUCCCUUUUAUUCUGCACUUUCCUACAGUGUGUGCUAUUUGCAAGGAGUCUCUUUGCAGCCUCCAGAAUCAGAACUGCAAAUUUUUUUGGCAUUUACACUUCUUCCUGAAAAUUUGCUGAAAAAUGUUCUAUUUUGUUUGAGUCUUUAAGCCAUAAAUAGCACUUGGCUAAUGUUCCGGCAUUAAAAUAAUCAAUUUUAUGUACAUUUUAAAAUAAUUGAUUUUAGUGAUUGUUCACUUUGU